CGCAAGAUCGCUACAAGAUCGCGUUCAAGACACGGUACGGGCACUUCAAGUGGGUUGUUAUGCCUUUUGGACUCACCAAUGCCCCCGCGACUUUUCAGGCGGCGAUGACCAACGAGUUCCGAGCAAUGUUGGACCGGUUCGUGCUGGUCUACUUGGACGACAUCCUCGUCUAUAGCCAGACCUUGGAGGAACAUCUUGACCAUCCUCGACGAGUGUUGGAGACACUCCGGCUCGCCAAGUUCAAAGCCAACCUCGACAAUUGCGAGUUCGUACGUCAAGAGUUGAAAUACUUGGGUCACUUCGUCACUCCACAAAGCAUCAGUCCGUUGUCGGACAAGAUUCAAGCCGUCCAAGAUUGGUCGGAGCCACGGAACGUCACGGAUGUUCGAUCAUUCCUCGGCCUCGCCGGCUACUACCAACGUUUCAUCAAAGGCUACUCGAAGAUCGCGGCUCACUCAACCAAGCUUCAAUGCGAGGACCGGUCGUUUGACUUCGGGACGGACGCGCGGGAAUCAUUCUUGGCCCUCAAGGCCGCAUUGCUUUCCGCGGAGGUAUUGCGGAUAUACGACCCACUAUUGCCAAUGCGCGUCACCACGGACGCAUCUGGCUAUGACAUUGGUGCCGUCCUCGAGCAACAUGACGGCGUGGACUGGCACCCGGUCGAAUACUUCAGCGAGAAAGUGUCGGUCAUGCACUCCAUCGAUGAUGCACGCAAGAAGGACCUUCUCGCCUUCGUCCACGCACUCAAGCGGUGGCGGCACUUCCUCCUCGGUCGAUGUCAGUUCCGAUGGGUAACGGACAACAAUCCGUUGGUCGUCUACAAGUCUCAAGACACCGUCAACAACACCAUCGCCCGUUAGAUGACCUUCAUCGAUCAAUUCGACUUCUUCCCCGAUCACAUUCCGGGGAAGUCGAACCAUUUUGCAGAUGCCCUUUCGCGGCGUUCGGACCACUG